UCUAUCUGGAUAAAUGCUCUGAAAUUUGGUGCACCUCCAUUGAAGCAAACCUUGACAGCAAUGGCGGCCAUGGCUGCUCUACAGAGCUCAUUUACCGCUCUUUCUCUCUCAUCCAAAUCAUUUCUUGGCCAACGCUUCUCCCCGUGCCCCUGUCCACCUCUGGUUAAGACUACAAAAGUGCCAUGUCCUCCUAUCCAAGUGAAGCUAAAGAGAUGGGAACGGAUAAAAUGCAAGCCGAACAGUCUUCCAAUAGUUCACAAGAUGCAUGUGAAGCUUGGGGACACCGUGAAAGUGAUAGCAGGACGCGAUAAGGGUAAAAUCGGCGAGAUAACAAAGAUUGUUAAGCACAACAGCACUGUGAUUGUGAAAGAAAUUAAUUUGAAGACCAAACAUGUGAAGAGCAAGGAGGAGGGUGAAUCAGGACAGAUAAUUAAGAUAGAAGCGCCGAUUCAUAGCUCAAAUGUGAUGCUAUACUCGAAAGAACAAAAUGUUGCAAGCCGGGUGGGUCGCAAGAUCCUUGAAGAUGGUAAGAGAGUACGAUAUCUAUUAAAAACGGGUGAAAUAAUCGACAGCGUAGAAAACUGGAAACGUGCGAUCAAGGAAAGAGAGAAGAAAACAGAAGAGCUUACUGUUGCAUCAUGAUACUAAACCAAAUGAACAAAUUGUAAUCGCAAAUUGUGUGCAUUUUUUUGUUACUCAACUUCCUGUUUGUAGUUUGUGAUCUAAUUUUAUUUGGCCUCUUUUUCA